UUCAUAUUUUUCUUUUCGGGCUGAAAAUCCACUCUGAGAUGAGAGAGGACGAACAACGCGCGGCUGUGUGAGGUGGACGCCGAAUCUGCGAGAGAACAUUUGGGUCUCCGUUCAGCGGCAGUGCGCCGGUGGUGUGGCUACGGUUCAGUGGCUAAAUCGAUGUCGGUAACUGUUUUUCUUUGAGAUUUUUCAGCGUGUAUUUGAUUGAAGCUUGAAUAUGUCAAGGAUUGAGGUUUAAUCGAUUUCUUCGUGAGAAGGUUUAUAAUUGAUUGGGGGGGUUUUUGAUUCUGUAUAACUCUGUAUGAUUACACUAGAUAUCUUGGUGUUCUUAUUCUCUAGAUUGAAUUUUGUUUUGGGCAUAUUAGAGUUUAGUUGUUUACUCUCUUUUUGUGUAUGAACCCUAAUAGAAUUCAUUGAAGUACACAAAAAAUAUGCUUCAGCAUCAAAUUGUUCAAUCCCCAGCUAGAUUGGGGUUGACAAAUCCCAAUUCUCCCUCUAUUCAAAACCCUACUCCUCCUAAAUUGCCUCCUUCUCAACAAUCUCAUCACCAAAAUCAAUCCAAUCUCUCUUCUUCCACCCCUUCCUCCACCCUCCUUCCCCUACUUCCUCCUCUUCCUAGAGCUCAAGCACUUCUCCUUCAAAUGGCUUCAUUAGCUUCCAAGCUCUUUGAAGUUUCCCCCAAUCGCUCCCUUUGGCUCACUGCAUUUCGAGGGUCUCUUCCCACUUUUCUUACUUCUCAAACCCAGUCCUCACCCUCUACCCUUCUUGAUUCUACUCCCUCUUCUUCGAAAGAAAUUUUGUCGCUCUUUAAUGUUCUUCAGACCCAGUUGUUUGAAGCUGUUGCCGAGCUUCAGGAGAUUCUUGAUCUUCAAGACUCUAAGCAGAAGAUUGCUUAUGAGAUACGAGCUAAAGAUGCUGCUCUUCGUGCUUUUGCUAAUAAGCUUAAGGAAGCUGAGCAGGUACUUGAUGUUUUGUUUGAUGAUUAUGCGGAUUACCAGCGUCCUCGACGGGAUAAGACAGAGGGUGAUGCUGAAAAUGAAUCUUUGUGUUCGACUACAGUUGCAUCCCAGUUGAGAUUAUCUGAUAUAUUGUCGUAUGCUCAUAGGAUAAGCUAUACUACUUUUGCACCACCUGAAUUUGGUGCUGGACAAGCUCCAUUACGUGGAGCACUUCCCCCUGCUCCACAAGACGAGCAAAUGCGUGCGUCUCAGUUGUAUAAUUUUGCAAACCUUGAUGUUGGUUUGCCUAAAGCAGUUGAAAGCACUGAGAAAACUAUUGAGCCAAUGAUUGAGCCUCCAGCUCCGGUGCGACCAGAUGCUAAUCCUCUGGCUGCUAUUCAGGGUCUGCUUCCUCCAAAUAUUACUGUUCCAUCUGGCUGGAAACCUGGAAUGCCUGUCGAGUUACCUGGAGACUUACCAAUGCCCCCUCCUGGAUGGAAGCCUGGGGAUCCUGUGCGAUUACCACCAAUGGACUCUCUUCCUGUUACUAGAGUUGAUGAGCCACAAUUGAGGCCUAAUGCUCUUCCAGGAUUGCAUAAACCUCCUGAACCAAUUCAAGUUAGGCAUGUUCAAUUGGAUAUUCUUGACCAAGAUGAUGAUAGUAGUGAUUACACUAGUGAUGAAGGAAGCUCUGAAGAUGAUGAUUGACUGGAACUUGGACAGAAUCGUCAACUAAUGUCAUAAGUGUUCCCUUGUUGACAAAAGAGAUGGGUAUAGAGACAAUCAAAAGGUUUGCCUAGAAGCAGCAACUCUUAAAGAGUGUAUAAUAUAGUUUACUGAUGACUCUAUAUGCAUGGAGCUAAGCAGCAAUCUGUAGGGGGAAGGUUACAUUUCAUACUUUCAAACUUACAUGUUAUCGAUGAUGUGUUUUGCAUUCCCAAGGUGAACUUGAAACACACAGAUCUUUUCAAUUUUUAAUUUGAAAAGCUAUAACGCUCCUGACUUCGUGUAAAAACACUCCUGACUUGAUUCCUUUACUUGUGUUUUCUUGGUUUUUAAAUUUUGAAUAUGAGAUUUAAUCAAACUCUCUUAGGGUACUGGAUGUGUUCUAAACCUUAGUAAACACUGAUCUAUCUUUUAUACCAUGUUGUAGAGUGCAGUAUAUAAGCUUCUAGGAGUUGUUGAAUCAAUUAUUGAUUCGGUAUGAUCGUUUGAAGGAAACUGAUUAGAUUAUUUUAUGUUGGUGGCAUUCAGAGUUGAAUAUGAGAUUCUUUAUGUUAUGGCUUAUACUUGUGAAAGAACAAAAAUUCUGAAAUGAAGAUUAUUGUUGUUGAAGCUUUUUCUCCUGA